CUAAGCAAUUAUCCCACCUUCAUACAGAAAAACGAAAUGAAACCUAUUCGGAUUUUCCUUUGCAUGAGCGCCUUGUUCACCACAUCGCCCACUUCAGAAGCCUCCGAAACAAAGAAAGUCGACUAUUUCCUGCAGCGUUCGGGUAUACAGAAGACCCACUUUGAUUUUAAUGAGGCCCGAAAUGGCAACAUGUUGGUAACAAAUUUAGAUAACUUUCGUGGCUUCGUGGUGUUGGUCCGACAAAUAUUGCUCAACAAAGCCUCCAAUGAUUGGAAUUAUUUAUUCAAAUACAACUGGAAAAUGGGCAAAAUACAAAAGCCUCGUCCCCUAGAUGAAGAAUUUCCCUGUAAAUUAAAUAACACCCGCUCUAGAGAACCACCCAGAACGGUGCACGAAUUAAGACCAGGAGAUAUAGAUGUAGUGGGCGCCAUAGGAGAUUCUCUUUCAGCGGGUAAUGGCAUAAUAUCAGAGCAAAUACUACACAUAGCCAUGGAGUUUAGGGGUUUGGCUUUUUCGGGAGGUGGAGUAGAGGAUUGGCGUACUGUUCUAACAUUGCCCAAUAUACUAAAGGUGUUCAAUCCCCAACUAUAUGGUUUUGCCACAGGCGAAGUCUUAACCAUUAACCGUGAUUCUCAUUUGAAUAUAGCCGAACCCAUGAUUAUGUCCCGGGAUUUGGUAUAUCAAGCCCAUAUCUUUAUAGCCCGUCUAAAGAAAGAUCCUAAUGUGGAUUUUAAAAAUCACUGGAAACUAUUAACCAUAUUUGUGGGCAACAAUGACAUUUGUUCGGACAUGUGUCAUCAUGACAAUCUGGUAGAUUUCCUGCGCAAACAUGAACGUAACAUGAAAGAUGCCUUUACCCUACUCAGAGACAAUGUACCACGUCUUGUUAUAAAUCUAGUGCCCGCACCCAAUAUGGUUACCUCACUGCUGGAAAUGAAAAAUAUUCCCUUAUCCUGCCAUGCAGUGCAUCGUGUUGGCUGUCAUUGUAUCUUUAGCGAACUGUAUAGUGCUAAAUUUCUCAAAAGAGCUUACAACUACAUAACACGUUGGCAAGCCAUCGAUCAAUAUGUUGCCGAAUUGCCGGAAUUUCAAACAGAUGAUUUUAUUAUUUUAUAUCAACCCUUCACCGCCAACGUUUCUAUGCCAACACUGGCCAAUGGCGAUACAGAUUUGCGUUAUUUUGCCAGCGAUUGUUUCCAUUUCAGUCAAUUGGGUCAUGCUGCCAUGGCGAAUGCCCUGUGGAAUAAUAUGCUGCAACCUAAAGGUAGAAAACAAUCUGUAUUUUCAGAACCAUUUUUGCAAUUUGAAUGUCCCACUGCGGACAAACCGUUUAUUGUUACGGGAAAAAAUAGUAGGAUAUAA